AUGGCACAUCAUCCAAGAUUUAAAAACAAUGUUGUCCAUGCAUCGGUACAAACAUCGGAUACUAUGACAACAAAUUCACGUUCUUCAUUAGAACAACCACCACAAGAAAAACAUCCAUGGCUACCAAUAUCGAUCAAUGAAAAUACCUCUCGGUUGUGUCAGAUACGUCCAUCGGUAGUUUUGACGACUCUUCAACAAUCUUUUCUCCCUGUCUUUCCUAUCUGCAGUGAUGCCGAUGAAUUUUAUCCACUUUUAGCAAAUAUACCUCUGAAAGAGUUGUCGACGAUCGAACAAAGACUUCGACAAGCACAUCGUUUUGAUGAUAACUACGCCAAUAUGUUACUCAAAUUUGACGUUAAACUUCGACUCGAUGUACAACAAUGGUUAGAUUCCUAUGCUCGCCAAUGGAAUAUUCAUCGAAUAAUCUUAAUGAUCAAUUUAAAUCGAUUAUUUCAUCUUCUUUCUCGAUUUACAUUACAAGAUUAUUUUAUAAAAAAACAAGAAAAAUCCUAUGAAUUAUCUAUGGAAGAAUGGUUCAUGGUUUUAGAAUUCUAUUUACAAAUGGAUGUGUCAUGUUUCUACAUGAAGACAUGUACAUUUCGUAAUUCUAAACGACUUUGGAACUAUACGGGUCUAUUUUGUAAUGUUGAACCAAUAGCUUACUAUGGUAUGAAAAAAUGUGAAGAUCGAAAUUGUCGUUUCUGUUAUGAGCGAUCUGAUUUAACGAAACGACUUGAACGAGCAAUGAAUUUUUCAAACAAGCAAAUUCAUCGAUUAAUUCCUGAUUGUCAAAAAAAACUGUAUACACAUUCAACACAAUGUUCUGUUGCUUUGCAACUAUUCUUAAAAUGUCAUCCUGAAUAUUGGUGUUUCGUACCCAUGACCAAGGAACAAGUUCGGAUCGAUAAUGCUGAUAUAACUUCUGAAGAAAGAUAUCUCUUGGCUAAAUAUCAAGAUUUACUCGCAGUUGAAACACAAACAAGUAUAUAUGAACGUAAUAUGACAUUGGUACGCUGGUGUGUCAAUCAUGUACCAUCACCUCCACCUAACUAUGAAUUUUCAUUACGACAAAUAAUUGAACAAUAUGAAUUUUUUCGAAGUAAAUCAGAUAGUUCUGUCACACGAUUUCUCGAUCUCUACAAUGCAGCUAUCGUUAUUGCUCGUAAGUCAUUAUACGUAAUUAGUUGUCUUAUUUAUGUUUUAUUAUCAUGAAAUCAAUCUACUUCUUUUUCUAUGCUUCUGAUAUAAUAGUACCUGAAAAUGCUUCGAAUGUAAUUCGUCAUACAAUACAAGCUUUAUUGAUCAUUUAUGCUGAACCCAAAUUGGUGGUCACUACUAA